UCAACCUUGUCAGAAUCUGUGGUCAGAAUGUGUGUCGUACAAUUUCUGUAAAUUUUAAUUUGUUUUUAAAUGUUUUUGUAAUGUUAGCUGUAAAACCGUCUGUGAUUUUAAAAAUCGUUUGAUAUCGUCCUUUAUUAUAUGAAAGAUGUUAAAAUUUGGUUCGAAACAUGACAGCAAUAUCGUGUAUAAAUGUACUGUACGUCUUCUGGAAGAUACAGAAUUCCUCGAAUGCGAAUAUAAAAUAUAUAAUAAAGGAAAACAUCUAUUAGAUUACGUUUGCCAACAGCUAAACCUUGUCGAACAGGACUAUUUGGGCCUUAGGUAUGUGGAUAAUCACGGUCAAAGACACUGGUUAGAUUUAGCAAAGUCUAUAUAUAAGCAAGUUAAGGAUUUAGACCCGGUAUUGUUCAGUUUCCGGGUAAAGUUUUACCCACCUGACCCUUUCCGACUUAAAGAAGAAAUUACAAGGUAUCAGAUAUUUUUGCAACUAAAAAGAGAUUUGCUACAUGGACGUUUAUAUUGUGGAACCAGUGAGGCAGCAAUGCUAACAGCAUUGAUUGUUCAAGGUGACUUAGGAGACUAUGAUCCAGAUAUUCAUGUAGGUAAUUAUGUCUCAGAUCUCAAAAUCCUACUAAAACAAACAGAGACUAUUGAAGAAAAGGCUAUGGAAAUUCAUCAGAAGCAAUUAAAAGGCCAGGAUCAGUCACAAAUUGAAAGUAGCUUUUUGAAACUUGCUUGUCAGCUUGAUACUUAUGGGGUAGAUCCUCAUCCCGUUAAGGGCUUAUUACAGGAUCACAAAGGCACUCAACUUUAUUUGGGCAUAAAUUUUAGUGGUAUUCUUACAUUUCAAGGCAGUAGAAAGAGUCACCAUUUUAGAUGGCCUGAUAUUCAGAAAAUUAAUUACGAAGGAAAAAUGUUUAUUAUUCAUUUAAAUUAUAAUGAGAAAAAACACACUGUAGGGUUCAAAUGUCCUACUGGAGCUGCUUGUAGACAUAUUUGGAGAUGUGCAAUGGAGCAAAUGUUGUUUUUUACUUUACCAACUAGCUCAGACGCUCCAUCAGUGGUAUCGGGUGGAGGCUUCUUUUCUUUCGGGACAAAAUUUAAAUACACUGGGAGAACAGAAAGAGAAAUUUUAGAAGACACUGGAUCGCCCACCAGGAAAGAACCUACUAUCCAGAGAACGUCCAGUAUGCGAAGGAAAGCAUCUAGUGUACCUGCCACCCCAUCUACACCUUUACAACCUCAUUUAGGUUAUAGUAGUUUGCCGCGUUCAAGUCAUUCGGAUGUCGGGGGUUCCCGCAUGGAAUGUAGCAGUAGCAUAGGCCUGCUUUCAGGCUUGGAUGGUAAUCCUGGACAAGGAUAUAGUGAUGUAGCUGCCUUAGAAACCGUUUGUGAAGAUCAAGAAGCAAUAAGUGGACGAAAAUUACGCACCACAGUACUUAAGGAUGAUUCAAUAGACAGAUUUAGUGACUAUUAUUUCCGCGAUUCCUUCGAACAUUCGUCCUCCGAAUCUCAACUGAUCGAUAACAACUAUCGAUACGAUACGACCAAUCCGUCACACCGCUCUAGUAGAAGUCAAACGCCCUUAUCCAACUCCCAAAUUGACGGAAGGCCCUGUACAUCGAACAGUACGCAACCAACGAACCAAGGGAAUAGAGAUACGCGGAAAAUUAGCGCUUUUGCACCUGCAAUCUUACUGGUCGCCGUUCUACUACUUACAGCUACCGUAGUUCUGUUAGAAACGGAUUAUCUAGGUAGUAUACAGGAGGUUCCGGAGAUUGUGGCGCUAAAAUACCAUGUGUAUGAGCCAAUCAAGACGUACUUUCGUAGCAAGCUGCCUUUUUCUUAAAAUUCACCUAAAAAGCUGUUAAUUCAUUUAGCAUUAAAGUAUUUUGUUUAAUACUCUAAAACCAGGACGUACAGUUGCUAGUUUUAUUCCUAGAAACAAAAUUGCACUUUCUGGUAAUCAGUUUCUGAGAUUAUAUUCGAAUUUCUUUUGAAAUAUUGAAUCAAACUCAAUUUUUAUCGAUCUCUAUUACUAAAAGUAAAGAAUCAGACUUCUAAAGUAAAUUUGUAUUAGAAAAAAAUACUGAGAAUAUUGUUUUUAGGAACAGACCAUUUAUUUACGUACUUAUUUGUUUGUUAUAACUUAUAUCGAAUAUUCUAUUUUACCAAAAAAUCUAUUUUUAUGUACUUUUUUAUAUACAUUUUUUAUUUUUUUAUCUAUUUUAUUUAUGCGUUUUUUUUUAUUUAGUAUUUUUUAUAUUUUAAUCAAGUUUAGUCCUUAGCCUGCGUGAGUGGGUUAAUUCUUCCUUAUUAUUUAUGUAAAAAGCAAUAAUAACAAACACAUCUUGCGCGCACUUGCACUUGAUAAUAAUAAUAUUUUUAAAAAAUACUGGAGCAAACCAGAUAUUUUAAAAGUGGCAGUAGCACAUUAUACAUAUAGUUCAUUUAGUUAAUUUUAUUACAUUUUUUUACAUUGGUUAUUACUUCUUAAUUAAUAGAUUUUAGCAAACUAAUUGAUGAAAACGAAAAGUUAAAAGUAUCGCUUAAAAUUCGUAUAGUGUGUUUUUUAGAAGAGUUACGAGAUUAUUAAUUAUUUUAUAUAAAAAAUUUCAAGGGUUCCAUGAUAGCGACUAGAAGAUUUGAUUGCACAUUUUAUGUAGUGUGUCUUAUUUACAUUAAUUGAUACAUUAGGUCAAGUGAUGCACAAAUAAAAGGAUGGACAGUAAAAAUAUGAACGGUUUAUGAGUUUCGUCUUUUUAAGAUAAAUCUGUGAUCUUUUUCAAUCUGCUGCUUUAGAAAUAGUUUAAAAGAAAUGUACAAAAUAGGACCCUCAAUCAAAACCAAAAAAAAAAAAAUAAAUGAAAAUAAAAUAUUUCCUAUUUUUUUGGGGCUUCAGGUGUCAAAAGUUUGCUUUAUUUUUUUAAACCUUGCUGCAAUAAUUCAGAUAAUAUAUAUCUGUAGCAGGGAGUACAAAAGAAAAAUAUUACAAGCUUUUGAAUAAAUAUAGGUAAUUCUAAAUCAGAGGUAGGCAAUAUUAAUUUAUAUUGUAUAUACUUACAUACAUAAUGAAAUUUAUUAUCAGGAUUUCAAGCGAAUUAUUUUGUGUAUGUAUCUAUGUCCAAUAAGGAAUAUUUGCUUAUUUCAAAAUCUAAAAUACUUGCACACGCUUUUUACAAUACAUUUAUUUUUAACAUACACUCAAUUGCAUCACAAUAUAAUAUAAAAUCAAAAGUAUUUUUUAUAUUUGUAAUAAUUUAAGGGGCCAUAUUAUUGAAUGCCACGGGAUAUAUUUAUUUAUUUUUGUGAUUUUCUUUAGUGGGGUAUAAUGUUUAUCUCUGAUCUAAUUUAUAUUUUUGCGGGGUGUUAUAGACUGAUGAAAAAAUAAUGAAAUAAAAGUCUGUCUUUUCUGAGCAAUAAUAGAAUAAACAGUACAGUAACUGUAUUAUGUAUAUGUUAUUUUUAAAUAUUUUUAAUCGUCUCGUGGUGUUUACUAUAAACUAAAAGCCAAUGUGGCGUUUUAUCUGGUUAUGUAUGAUCUGCAACAAGCUCCAACAUGUUUAUACUUUCACACAAUAAUUAUUUAAGUUAGCAUUUAAGAUAUGGUUGUUUUGUAAUAUUUUCUACAAGUCAACUUUUUGCCAAAUACAAACCUAAGUCAAUUAAA